AUGCAUGAAUUACGGGACUUUCACAUACAGGACUUAAUCACGAAGUUCUUUGGAAUUGCAUCGGAGAUGGUCCUCGUGUUGCAACUGACACCCGCUGGUGUCUUAGUACCCUAUCUCGAAAUAACGCAAUCUAAGAGAAAGCAGACGUACUUCUUGAAGAGGAAGCCCCAAAAGGUCACUGAGGAUAACUACAAAGAUUUGUUGAUACCAGGUGACAUGGCACCGAAUCCGAUCGAGGAACUGGCGGUGCUUGUAGAAGAUGCAUACGUACCCAUUUUAUCUAAUCCAAAAAAUCACGUUGGGUGGCCGGAAGUUGUCCGAAAAGAUGUUAAGAAACAAGUAUACGACCUUAGAAGUUUAAUAUGGCAGGUGAAAGGAAAAAUAACAGGAAAAACUUUACUACCAAUGCCAAUGGGUAUCGAAGAAAUUCUUGAUCAGCAAUUCAAUUCUAAAUUAGAGUCUCCUAAAUUACUCCAAGUAAAGAACAACAUAGAGGAAAUUGUAAUAAAAUGGGCGACUCAAAUUAAUGAGAUCCUUAACGUAGAGUUCUCAAAGUUUUCAACGAAUGAAAAGGAAAUUCCUGUGUCCGAGUUGGUCUAUUGGGACAUGAGAUUAAAGAAUAUGGAAUCGCUUUAUUAUCAAUUAAAAGACCCAAAAGUACGACAGAUGGAUCUAUUUCUAGAAAAAAUGGAAAGUCCAUAUUCGGUGUAUUUCAAAAAUUUAGUAAAGAACGUGACUGCGUCAUUGUUGGAAACAAGGGAUAUAAAUCUUUACUUGAAACCUCUGGAGAUGUAUUUCAAUGAAAUUGAAAACGUUGAGUUCAGAGAUAUAAUAUGGAAAUUAAAGUUACUGUUUCACUGUGUUUGCUUAAUGUGGUCGAACUCGAAAUAUUACUCUAUGGAAAGAAUUAUUGCUCUGUUACGAGAAAUUUCAAAUUUAUUAAUUUCUCAGGCAGUGAAACAUAUAAAUCCGUCAACUUUAUUCGAAGGAGAUAUUGAAGACAACAAAGCGAAGAUAGCGGAGGUAAUACCGACGCUCAAUAAUUAUCAAGAAUUGUUUCGAUCAUAUAAAGAAAAGGUAGAAACUUACUUUAAAUCGCAAGAACCUAUACUUUGGACGUUUCACGAGAAGCUAGUUUUCGAAAGGAUUCAUAUGUUUGAGAAGAGGCUUAAAGAAAUCGAGUCAUUAUUUGAUACAGUACAAGAUUAUUUGAAACUAGAAAGAAUAGAAAUGUUUGGCUUAAAAGCGAAGUCACUACUUUCCAUGAUUAAUAAUAUUUACGAAGAGUUUAUUAAAUUGUAUCAACAAUUUGGAGACGUGCCUUAUGAUGUUUUAAUGCCAGAAGAAAAACAGUUCACUGCAGAUUUAAAUGAAUUUUUCGCCUCGAUAGAGCAGUUUGAUCGACGGUUGGCAAGUAUUUUCGACCAAGCAUUUGCUGAAUGUUACAACUUAGAGUCAUUCUUUAAGUUCGUUUGGAUAAUGGGCGUAAUUGCCAACAGACCUAUAAUAAUGGCCCAGCUAUGGCACAAUUAUGAAGAAAUAAUUCAAAGAGUAGAUCAACAUUUCAGUGACCUUAAGGGUAAAGCUUUAAACGCUCUUGAUAAUAAUUUUAAUAAUUUCUCAUAUGGGUAUAUUGUUAUAUGGUGAUCUAAGGCUCAUAAUUUCAUCAUAACAGAAAUUGUGAAACUUAUUAAUCAGAUAAUAUAAAAAUUUACAUAAUGUUAGAUGAACAGAAGAAAUAACAAUGAAUGUACAAUUUUAAAUUAAAUUUUGAAACCGGUCAUUUGACUGGGCCUGGCAAGGUUGGUGUUAAUAACGUGUUUCAACUGUUAAAAGUAGUAUUCAUUUAAUUUCAUAAUCAAUUAAUUUCCUUAUUAAUGAAUUGAUUAAUCGAUGAA